CCCGUUUCAAACAAGCGCAGGGAGAACGUUCUCACGGUUUCCAUGGGAGACAAGUACGUUUAUGAUAUCAGCUAGCUAACGGGGGCUACCGUUAACUUUACUCAGUGCAGCUUCCUCAUCUGCUACACUUGCUUUGUAUGUUCUCUAGCGGUAGUUUAACAUAACGGCCCGUCUGUCGCCCGGUUCGAGCAGACGGUAGGAUGAACCCGUCGCUCUGUAAAGGUAUUCGGCUGGACGAUGUUCACCGGGACGGCUUCAAUGAGCAGCAGCUGUCUACCUAUGUAUUGUGGGUGAACAGCCAGUUGAAGAGGCGACCAGGCCUGAAGCCCAUCACAAACCUCAGAGUGGACCUGCAGGAUGGAGUGGUGCUGUCACAGCUGGUGGAGAUAGUGGCGGGGGAGGUGUUGGGGGUAAACGAGGCUCCUCGGGAUCGAGAGGAGAGCAGGGAGAACGUGGAGCGAGUCCUCAACUUCAUCACCUCCAGACGUAUACGCAUGGCUCACACCACUGCUCUGGAUAUAGUAAAAGGCGAUCUGAAGUCAGUGAUGAGGUUGAUUCUGGCUCUAGCCGCCCACUUCAAACCAUCAGCCAAUCAGAGAGCAGCGUCCAGGGCUGCAGGGAGCAUGGCUGGAGCCGCAGCCAACCACAGGACACUCUCCACCGUUGCCAUGGCGCAGAGUGCAGCAACAGCAUUGGCAGCCGCACGACUUGACGCAGAGAGAACAGCUAGAGGAGAGGAGGAUGGAGGGGUGUGUGUUCGUGCUCUGGUCCAGCAGUAUGAGAGACGACCGCCAGACGAUCCUGAUACACCACCAAGCAGUUCCCCCAGAGCCCCGCCCACCAGCCAAUCAGACAACAGAGAGCCGGAGGAAAGCCAACCAGAGAGAAGCACUAAGGCAGGCUGGGAGAGUCCUCUGACUGAGAGCCUGGAGAGAGAGAUGCAGGAGACACGGAGAAUGGUUUCAGCUCUACAGGCCCUUUUACUUCAUGGGUCUCUGCCAGAUGAGGAGAAGUUGAAUCUGACUCUGGGAGAAGAUGACACAGAACAACAACUGGUAGUAAUUCGUAGUCAUCUAGAUCAGAGUAUGGAGGAGACUCGGGAGCUGAAGAGAGAGCUGUUGCGAUGUAAACAGGAAGUACGGAACCUGCGUGGAGUCAAGGAGGCACAGCAGCAAAGGUUGUUUGCCCAGGAGGAGUGUAUGUUGCAGCUCAAACAGGAGCAGCUCAGAGCCAGCAUGACCCAGGACCAACUCAGCAGCCUCAACGCGGAGCUACAGAGGAAGAUGGAUGAGAGCAGCAGGUUGCUGAGUGAGUGCAAGAAGGAACUUGGACAGAAGGACCGACUGCUGCAGCAGCACAAACACAAACUGGAGGAGAGCCAGCUGCAGAAGGCUGGCUUGCAGAGAGAGCUGGAGUGUAAAGACAACAUGUUGCAGGAGAUGAUGAGUCGUCAUGGUGACCAGGCCCGGCCCCACCUCACGGCCACACCCCUUCCCUCUGGGGCUGAGGAGCUGCAGCUGGUGCGGUCAGCGUUGAGGAGUCUGAGAGGAGUUUUCCGAGAGCAGGAUCCUCAACACCACACUCUGGAUACACUGGAGCAGGGCAUCACAUCACUGACCGACAGACUGACACACACACACCAGGGGAGGGGAAAGUCUUCAGAAUGCAACAGAGCCACACACAACCAGCAGGACUCCUGGCCUCCAAGCAGUAAGAUCACAGACAACCAGCAGGACUCCUGGCCUCCAAGCAGUAAGAUCACAGACAACCAGCAGGACUCCUGGCCUCCAAGCAAGAUGGCCCACUCCUACAGUAGUCCAUUGCUGAGCUCGUGUGGUUCCACUAAGGUCCUCUACUUUACAGACCACUCACAAACACCCUGCAUGAUCCACAUCAACAAGAGGUUGGGGAAAGUAACUCUGAGAGAUGUGAAGACGGCAGUAGACAGAGAUGACAACCACAGAUUCCACUUCAAAGCCCUCGACCCCGAGUUUGGUACCGUUAAAGAAGAGGUAUUUGAAGAUGAGGCGUUGGUUCCAGGCUGGGAGGGGAAGAUAGUGGCCUGGGUGGAGGAGAACAACGGAGAGGAGAGGACUAAAGGCCCCAGCUGCUGAGGAACUGAAGGCCCCAGCUGCUGAGGAACUGAAGGCCCCAGCUGCUGAGGAACUGAAGGCCCCAGCUGCUGAAGAACUGAAGGCCCCAGCUGCUGAGGAACUGAAGGCCCCAGCUGCUGAGGAACUGAAGGCCCUAGCUGCUGAGGGACUAAAGGCCCCAGCUGCUGAUGAACUGAAGGCCCCAGCUGCUGAGGGACUGAAGGCCCCAGCUGCUGAGGGACUGAAGGCCCCAGCUGCUGAGGGACUGAAGGCCCCAGCUGCUGAGGGACUGAAGACCCCAGCUGCUGAGGAACUGAAGGCCCCAGCUGCUGAGGAACUGAAGGCCCCAGCUGCUGAGGAACUGAAGGCCCCAGCUGCUGAGGAACUGAAGGCCCCAGCUGCUGAGGAACAGAAGGCCCCAGCUGCUGAGGAACUGAAGGCCCCAGCUGCUGAGGAACUGAAGGCCCCAGCUGCUGAGGAAGUAAAGGCCCUACAGUUGAAGUCGGUGGUUUACAUACACUUAGGUUGGAGUCAUUAAAACUCGUUUUUCAACCACUCCAAACUUUUUGUUAACAAACUAUAGUUUUGGCAAGUCGGUUAGGACAUCUACUUUGUGCAUGACACAAGUCAUG